GGAAGUAUAAACCAUAGAACCCACGCGCGCGGAAUCCGAAGGACGUCGAUUUUCAACACUAUGUUAUUUUUUUGCCAUUGAAUAAAAAGGUAUGCUGUUUGCCAACGUCGUAGUCAUAAAACGGAACGGUUCAGACGGAGCUUCAUUUCCUCUUACUUCAGCCGCAUGCUUGUUUGGAAGAGCUAAUGAAUGUGACAUCAGAAUCCAGUUGCCACAAGUAGGACCGGAACAUUGUCGACUUGUAGUAAAUGAAGAUAAAGAGAUAUUUCUCAUGAACUUUGAUGAAGAACAUCCCGCAGAGGUAAACGGGACUCCUGUAGCAAACUCAAUUCAGCUUAAGAAUAAGGACGUCUUCACCAUCAUAGAUCGAUCAUUCAGAUUGGAAUUUCCUCAGCUUACUCCCCAGAAAAAGAUGACGCCCAAAAAGUCUUCACCAGAGAGAAAGAAUUCUACACCACAGGUAAAGUCUAAAACCCCAAAUAACUCUUCUGCCUCAAGCAAAAAGAGAGCUCAGUCGCGCUCCCCUGUCCGGGAUGCUUCCCCAGCCGUGGGUCAUCAGCCUAGAGGUAGGACACCUAAACAGAAAACUCCUAUUGCAGUGAAGUCCUCCGUUCAGACACCUAGAGGAGCUUCAACUCCUGGUUCCAUGAAAUCAGUAUCAAAGUUAGCUGGAACUCCAAGACCUUCAUCCACUCCAGCCGUCAAGAAAACUCCAAAAGGUCCAUUUACUCCACAAAACACUAAUGUACCUAAGACCCCUAAAGACUCCACUCCAAGAGCUAAGAGCCCAAAGGUUGCCACACCAAGAGCUAAGAGCCCUAAGGUAGCAACACCAAGAGCUAAGAGCCCCAAGGUAGCCACACAAAAGGCUAAGAGCCCCAAGGUUGCCACACCAAGAACUGCAAGCCCCAAGGUGGCCACACCAAGAGCAAAGAGCCCCAAGGUUGCUACACCAAGAGCUAAGAGCCCUAAAGUUGCCACCCCGAGAGCGGCAAGCCCCAAAGUAGCCACACCAAGAGCUAGGAGCCCCACGGUUGCUACACCAAGAGCAAAGAGCCCCAAGGUAGCCACACCAAGAGCUAAGAGCCCCAAGGUUGCUACACCAAGAGCUAAGAGCCCCAAGGUUGCUACACCAAGAGCUAAGAGCCCCAAGGUAGCCACACCACGAGCUAAGAGCCCCAAGGUUGCUACACCUAGAGUGGCAAGCCCCAAGGUGGCCACACCAAGAGCAAAUAGCCCCAAGGUUGCUACACCAAGAGCUAAGAGCCCCAAGGUUGCCACACCAAGAGCUAAGAGCCCCAAGGUGGCCACACCAAGAGCGGCAAGCCCCAAGGUAGCUACACCAAGAGCAAAGAGCCCAAAGGUUGCUACACCAAGAGCUAUGAGCCCCAAGGUGGCAACACCAAGAGCCAUGAGCCCCAAGGUGGCAACACCAAGAGCGGCAAGCCCCAAGGUUGCUACACCAAGAGCGGUAAGCCCCAAGGUAGCCACACCAAGAGCUGCAAGCCCCAAAGUUGCCACACCAAGAGCUGCAAGCCCCAAGGUAGCCACACCCAGACCUGCAAGCCCCAAGGUAGCAACACCAAGAGCUGCAAGCCCCAAGGUAGCCACACCAAGAGCUGCAAGCCCCAAAGUUGCCACACCCAGGGCUGCAAGCCCAAAAGGUGCAACACCCAGGACAACAAAAGCUACAACUCCCUUGGCCUGGACAUCUUCACCAAGAGUGGUGUUCAAUACGAACAACAGUGCAACCAAAAAAUCUCCAAAAGCUAAUAAAGGAACACCCAAGUCUGCAAAAAAGGGGGCAACACCGAAAAGCAGUGGAAAGAAGAGGAAGGCUUCAGAGAUGGAGCCUAGCAGUGUGGCCCCAUCCUCCAAGAGAAAGAGGGUCUCAUUCGGCCCAAAACUUAGCCCAGAGCUGUUUGUAAAGAAGUUGCCGCCGUCGACUCCUGUUCGCCGUGGUGCUUUGCCGCCAAGAAUGGCAGAGUCUCCCAAACCUUCCCAGUCCCCUCUCCUGAAGAGGAGAUCCAUGGCUGUACCGCAGAGAUCUCCCAUUAGGGAGGAAACACCAGGAAAGACAACUACUCCCAAGAGCUCAAAGAAAUCUCCCAAGUCACCCAAGAAGUCACCAAGGUCUCCUAAACAAACUCCGAAAAAAGCUUUGAAUGUGGUUGAAAAAGUUGCCACUCCUGUACAAAAGGCACAGUCGCCAAGGUCCAAAUCGUCGACAACAAAGAAGUCUGCAGGAAGAAGUAGAUCCAUUUCUCCAGCCAGGAAGUCUACAUCCCCUGUCGCAAGAGGGAGGAAAUCCAUGCCUGCUGGCAAGGCGGCUGGCAACAAGUCUCCAGUUAAGGUAAAAGUGGCCACACCAACUAAACCUGCCUCACCUGUUGCUGUUGCACAGACACCAACAUCUGCUAUUCCUGCACCCAAAAGCCCCAAGUCACCAAGGAGUAGAUCUGCAUCCCCUGCCAAGAAAGGAACAACAUCCCCCGCAAGGAGCCCAGCUUCUGCUAAGAAGUCUCCAAAAAGCAAGCUUGCUACACCUACUUCUACAAAGACAACACCAAGAAGUAGAUCAGCUACUCCAACUAAAUCCCCUGCUUCUGCUAAGAAUUCUCCGAGAAGUAGGUCAGCUUCUCCAGCUAAAACCCCUGCCUCUGCGAAAAAGUCUCCUAAAAGUGUGUCUGCAACUCAAACUAAAUCUCCUGCUUCUGCUAAAAAGUCUCCGAGAAGUAGGUCAGCUUCUCCAGCUAAAUCGCCUGCAUCUGCGAAAAAGUCUCCCAGAAGAAGUUCAGCUUCUCCAACUAAAUCUCCUGUUUCUGCGAAAAAAUCUUCCAGAGGUAGAUCAUCCAGUCCAGCAAAGAAGGCAGCUAGAACCCCUUCUCCAAGAAAAUCAACCUCACCAUUUAAACGCUCUCCUAGUUCAACACCAAAAUCAUCUAGGCCUUCAACUCCCAAAACUGCUCCAGCAAAGUCUUCAGCUUCUAAGAAGACAACCCCGAGAGCUAGGUCAUUGUCGCCUAAAGCUACCCCAGGAUCCUCUGGUAGAAAAUCAUCACCUGCUAAGUCAGCCAGGAAGUCCCUGCCAUCAAAGGAGGCCAGAAAAUCAUCUCCAAAGGCUUCCAAAAAGUCUAUGGGAGAUGGCAAGCUCACAGGAAUCAAGAGACUCAUGAAAACUCCGAAAAAUAAGAAUAACAGCAAUGCUGCUGAUUUGAGCUUCACAGGUGUAGCUGAUCUGCUUGCCUCCCCGAUCGUGUCAACAGCUGCUUCAGCUAGAUCAAAAGCAAAGUCUUCAUCACCAGCUACAUUGCCAGUAGCCAGCCCUAAAUCACCUGCUAUCUUUCCUGAAACUCCCAAGUCUGUUAAGAAGGCUAGUCCAAAAGCAAAACGGCUGUCAGCUUAUCAGGUUCUUGUGAAGUCGGCCAAGAAGACUCCCAAGACGCCUCGUGGAGGCAAGAUAAUGAAGAGGAAACGUUCCUCUGUCGGACCGGUUGCAGCAAAAAGAAUGAAGCUGGGUUCCCCUGAUGUUCCCUUGCCAUCAGCAGCCGUCAAAAAUGCUGUUGCAUUGAGAGCUGUGCAUGGGAAAAAGACUUGGGCAGAUGUUGUCAAGAAACCUGGGGCAUUGAAGAAGACACCAAGGAAGCCCAAGGCAACAUCAUCUGCCAACACAGUGAAACCCCCCACACCCCGGCCACCUACUGCUAAAAAGGCUUUCCCGAAGACACCAAGAACUAAGGCAGCUGCCCUUGCCCCCUCAACAGGCCACGCUGAUUCUCCAGCUACCAUUAUCAUCGGCAAGAAAAACAAGGUUCUCUCGAAAACACCAAAGGCUCUUUUGCCUAAAAAGGGCAGGAAAAGUGUGAUCACGAAGGAUCGUAAGAAGUCUAUGGGAAGGACAAGUCUAGGCGGUGUCGGUGACCUGUUUAACUCUCCCCCGGAGAAGUCUCCCGCCUCCCUCCUGAACAUGUCUGCCUCCAGCAACACCACCACAGACUCCGUGUUGUAUGCUGAUAUUCCAGACACACCCAACGGCCCUGGCGAGAUGUUUGUUUCCCCACUCUCUUCAGGCAAGAAGUCUGCAAGGCGCAGUACCAACCUGGUGGGUGUCCGUGACCUAUUCCAGGCAGUAGGCAAGGGUCGUUCCCCUGCCACGCCCACUGGGGUCAAGAGACUGAUGCAGACCCACAAACAAUCGAGCCCUGCCAGUCCCUCAGGAGUUGCAAGACUGUAUGCCACUCCAAAGGCAUCCACUCCAGCCAAGUCUGUGAAAAAGACAUCGGCUCAGAAAUUAAAGACAACAAAGAAGGCAGCCAGUCCGAAAGUUUUGUCACCUAUGUCCGAAAGAAGGAAGCGUGUUGCAUCACCAGCAAAGUCUCCUGCAGCUAAGAAGCAGAAGGUGGAGGCAGUCCCGGAGCAAGCAGCAGUUGUCUCCCCUGCCCCAGUUACACCAAAACCAGCCAGAACGAGAAGAGGCGCACUAAAGAAGCUUAAGACACCAGCAAAAACACCCAAAACCAGCAGCAGAUCUACUAGUAGAAAACCAGCUACAUCACCUGCUAAGGCUGUUUCUCCGAAGAAGAGCCGAUCUACAAGAGCAGCUCCCAAGGCAGCUACUCCAGCUAAGGCACCUACACCUAAAAAGAGCCGCUCUACAAAGGCAGCCCCUAAAGCAGCUACUCCAAUUAAAGCUGCCACCCCGAAGAAGAGUCGUUCCACACAAGCUGCUCCAAAGGUGGCUACCCCAGCCACUGUGCAGGAAAACACUGUUUCAGAAGUUGCUUCACCAGCCGUGAAAAGCACCAGGAGAGGAAAAAUUGCCAAACCUGCAAAAAUCACUACUCCGAAAAAGGGCCGCUCAACUAGGGCUGCCCCUAAAGCAGCUACACCAGUUAAAGCUGCUACUCCGAAAAAGGGCCGUUCUAUAAGGGCUGCCCCUAAAGCAGCUACGCCAGUUAAAGCUGCAACUCCGAAAAAGGGCCGAGCUACAAGGGCUGCACCUAAGGCAGCUACGCCAGUUAAAGCUGCUACUCCGAAAAAAGGCCGUUCUACAAGGGCUGCCCCUAAAGCAGCUUCUCCAGCUAAGGCUGCAACUCCGAAAAAGGGCCGCUCUACACGAGCUGCUCCAAAGGUGGCUUCCCCAGCCCCUUUAAAGGAAAAAACUGUUGCGGAAGCUCCAGCAACUAUGGAGGUGAAAAGUACUAAGAGAAAAAGGGCAGCCAGCCCAGUCAAGGCUGCUACUCCCAAAAAGAGCCGCUCUACAAGGACUGCCCCAAAAUCGGCCACACCGAAGAAGGUCGGAACUCCCACAAAAGCAGCUACACCAGCAAAGGCCCUUAUGCCUAAAAAGGGCCGUUCUACAAGGGCUGCCCCAAAAGCAGCUACCCCAGCAAAGGCCUCUACACCUAAAAAGGGCCGCUCUACAAGGGCUGCCCCAAAAGCAGCUACACCAGCAAAGGCCCUUACACCUAAAAAGGUCCGCUCAACAAGUGCUGCCCCAAAAGCAGCUACACCAGCAAAGGCCCCUACACCUAAAAAAGGUCGUUCUACACUAAAAAAGGCACUUACACCUAAAAAGGGCCGUGCUACAAGGGCUGGCCCAAAAGCAGCUACACCAGCAAAGGCCGCUACACCUAAAAAGGUUCGCUCGACAAGUGCUGCUCCAAAAGCAGCUACUCCAGUUGCUACCCUGAAGAAGGGCCGCUCAAAACGUGCUGCACCAGUCAGUGCUGAAACUGUUCCAGAAGUAGCAGCAGUGGUGUCCCCAGCUGUGAAGGGUCGCUCCAACAGGAGGACGGUCAAGGCCAGUCCCAAGAAGGCCGCCACUCCUAUCAAGGCCAAACCAGCUUCCCGCAAGAGGAAAACUGCAGAUGAACCAACAGCAGAUCCUACCCCAGCCAAGAAGGCAGCAAAGAAAACACCCAUCAAGGCCACAAAACGUGUAACAAGGGCACGCCGAUAGUUCAGUACAAACUGAACAUGUGUAUAGUACAAUAACAUUAUAGAAAAUUAUUUAUUAUUAAAUGAAAUGAACAUAGGAGAUGACUGUAUUUAUUCUUUUACAUCUGUACAUACACUAAGUUUAAUCGGUUUUUAGUAUUUUUCAAACAAAAUUAUCCUAUUAAACCUUAUGUAUGUAACAAGUAAUAAGUUUUUAUGAACAAUGGCUUUUUUACGAAAUAAUUGGAUCUUAUGUAUGAAUUUUCAUUUUAUCGUCACUUUUAAUUUGAUAUUUUAUUUUUAUGCAUCAAGUUUGUUUAUAUCCUUCAUAUUUUACCCAAGCAUAAAUUACUAGUAUUUAUGAUCUCGGACAUUUUUAUCAUCAUAAUGACUACAGGACAUUUCAUUUUGCAUUGUAAAUAAUUUCCUUGUAUAUUACUUCAAUCAUCAUUCGCCAUAAUUUUAUCAUUUUCUCACAUUUGUAAACUUCAUAGUGUAAUUAUUUUUUUAUGCCCCCUUUUGAAAAAAGUGGGGUAUAUUGUUUUGCACAUGUCGGUCGGUCGGUCGGUCGGUCGGUCUGUCUGUCUGUCGGUCGGUCGGUCGGUCGGUAGGAAUACCAAAUGGUUUCCGAUCAAUAACUUGAGAACGCUUUGACCGAGGGACCUCAUACUUGGUAUGUGUAUUGGUCAUCACCAGCAGAUGAACCCUAUUGAUUUUGAGGUCAGUGGGUCAAAGGUCAAGGUCAGUGUGACCUUUACAUGAAAAACGGUUUCCGAUCAAUAACUUGAGAACGCUUUGACCCAGGAACCUCAUACUUGGUAGGUGUAUUGGUCAUGACCAGCAGAUGAACCCUAUUGAUUUUGAGGUCAGUGGGUCAAAGGUCAAGGUCAGUGUGACCUUAACAUGAAAAACGGUUUCCGAUCAAUAACUUGAGAACGCUUUGACCCAGGGACCUCAUACUAGGUAGGCUUAUUGGUCAUGACCAGCAGAUGAACCCUAUUGAUUUUGAGGUCAGUGGGUCAAAGGUCAAGGUCAGUGUGACCUUUACAUGAAAAACGGUUUCUUAUCAAUAACUUGAGAACGCUUUGACCCAGGGACCUCAUACUUGGUAGGUGUAUUGGUCAUGACCAGCAGAUGAACCCUAUUGAUUUUGAGGUCAGUGGGUCAAAGGUCAAGGUCAGUGUGACCUUAACAUGAAAAACGGUUUCCGAUCAAUAACUUGAGAACGCUUUGACCCAGGGACCUCAUACUAGGUAGGCUUAUUGGUCAUGACCAGCAGAUGAACCCUAUUGAUUUUGAGGUCAGUGGGUCAAAGGUCAAGGUCAGUGUGACUGUAAGCUGAAAAAAGGUUUUCUGAUUGUCCAUAUUUUUUUAAUGCAUGCACAGAUGAUUGGGAUUGAUGUAUAAAUGUUUGUAUAGAAAUGAUUUUCUUUUAUGUUACUAUUUUAGUUGGGCAUUUAUUUGCCUUCUUAAGUUAUCAUAAGUAGAUGACCUGCCUCAUAUGCAUCCAAUGACAAAUCAGCUGUCAUUUCAGUCCAUGCAUAUUUCAUUCAAUUGUCCAAAUAUUUCUGGCAACUUGGCGCUCAGGGGGCAUAAUGUUUGACAAACAUCUCUUGUUCUAUGUUGUAAUGGUUUGAGAUUUUUUCAUCACUUCUUUUAUCGUCUACUUCCAUGCUCAUUGCUAAUUGAUAAUGAAAGUGUGUACUUAUAAAGUGUAUGGAUUUUUAUCAUACUGUACCAACAUUUCAUUUCUCAUGUAUACACAUUGUAAUGUUCAUUUUUUUAUCAUACCAUACCAACAUUCAUUUCUCAAACACAUUGUAAUGUUGACUUAUUGUCAUACUGUAGUAAUGUUGACUGUUUAUCAUACCGUACUACAUUUCAUUUCUCAUUAACGCAUUCUAAUGUUUACUUUUUAUCAUACCAUACCAACAUUUCAUUUCUCAUACACAUUGUAAUGUUGACUUGUUAUCAUACCGUAGUAAUGUUGACUUGAUCAUACCGUACCAACAUUUCAUUUCUCAUACACAUUGUAUUGUUUACUUUUUAUCAUACCGUAGUAAUGUUGACUUUUUAUCAUACUAGACCAACAUUUCAUUUCUCAUUAACUCAUUGUAAUGUUGACUUAUUGUCAUACCGUAGUAAUGUUGACUUUUUAUCAUACUGAACCAACAUUUCAUUUCUCAUAAAGACAUGGUUUAGUUUGAUAAAAAGUCAAACUAUAAACCAACAUUUCUUUCUCAUUCACAUUGUAAUGUUGACUUAUUAUCAUACCUAGAAAUGUGGACUUUUUAUCAUAUUUAUCACACUUCAUGUCUUUUUCACACUGUAUUUGUGUAAAUGCAUAGACGAGUACCAGUUUGGGAGUCAGAGACCCCUUUGUUUGUAUGUGGACUGCAAAGGAAGAUUGUUACACUAGUUGCUAUUUUGGAUACAUCUAUAAUUAGUAUUUUAGUCAAUUUCUGAAAUCUGCAUUAAAACACUUUAAAACUAAAUCCUUUGAAAAUUAUACUUACAUUUUCUUCUUUGGUGUUAUGUUUUAAUCGCUGGAACACUUGAUUUUGACAUUUGUGGGUAAGCGUUAGUGGGUUGUCCCACGGGCUUCUAUGCAAAAACAUUGUCUAACACGCUUAUGUUAUUUCUGUUUUUCUACCAAUUUGGGUACAUUUAUUCUUUGUGUAGGUCUUCAGGGCAAAACAAUAAACGUGUAUCAUCUG